CGUCGAGAUCCACAAACCCAGAUCACACUCACUGUUUUAUUAUAUAGUCUGUCAGCGCGAGACGCAUGUAAAGUUGAUUUCCCGCUCCUCCUCUCCAACCUGAAAGAUGUUGCGGUGUGUCAUUCUCGUUCUUGCGGCGACAUCAGCAACGGCCGAUAUCGUCAAGGACUACAAAGAUUGUGGUUCUGUCAGCGGAAAGAUCAACACCCUUGACAUCACGCCAUGUCCCUCCUUCCCUUGCCAGUUCCCCAAGGGCAAGAACGUCACCGUCUCCAUCACCAUGACAGCGAAUGCCAAGCUGACGGAGGCUAAGACCGUUGUCCAUGGCAUUAUCGACGGCGUCAACACGCCCUUCCCAAUCAGCCAGCCGGACGCCUGCCAAGACAUGACCUGCCCCGUUAACAGCGGGUCGGAAGUCACAUACACAAAUUCCAUAUUCGUUCGGGAGGUCUUUCCUAAGAUCCGCCUGGUGGUCAAGUGGGAGAUUCAAGACCAAUCUGGAAAGGACUUCAUCUGCUUCGAGGUUCCGGCGGAAAUCACCGACUGAGCAUGUGCAAUAUACGUCACGUUUAAGCAUGUUGUAUUUUUACAGGAAUUUGUGUCUGAUUCCAUUCUUGAAGUGAUUGUUAAGUUUGGUUUGUUGUCGAAACACUAAACUGUUACCGCUGU